AUGACUUCGGCAAGCGCCAUAACAAGACGCAUACCCUGUGCAGACGUUGCGGCCGUCGCUCUCUCCACAUCCAGAAGCACACAUGUUCAUCUUGCGGAUAUCCAUCCGCUAAGACUCGGAAAUACAACUGGGCUGAAAAGUCUUUGCGACGAAGAACCACCGGAAGUGGACGCAUGCGAUAUCUCAAAACGGUCGACCGCAAAUUCAAGAACGGAUUCCAAACCGGUGCUCCGAAGGGAGCUCGAGGGCCAGAGAAGCAUUAAGGUCAUGUGUGGGUUGAAAAGACGGCUUCCAACGACAAUGCGGGCUAAGGGUUGA